AUGGCGCGGUCCAAGAACGGCUGCCUCAAGAUCCUCGUCUGCGCCGGCUCCGGAUCCGAUCCCGCCGCCGGCUCCGACGCCGACGCCGACGACCACCCCGACGAGAACAAGGCCAUAUCAGAUAAAAGCAGAUGGAGCUUUCGUAGGAGGUCUACAAGGCAUCGAGUUUUGAAGAACUCUGAUAUCUCAGAACCUGAAACUCUUAGUUCCAGCAAAGCUAAGGCUGACAUUACACCAAGCAACAAUGAGAGUAUUGUUCAUUCUUCAGGUGAGAAAUUGCUUCACAGUGGAUUUGCUCUCAAGCUCAUGGACAACACGUCAACUUCAAAAUCCAUUCACAUAAAAUGUGAUCCUUCGGAAUCUGAUGUUACAUGGGAAUGGAUGGAGAGGUGGACAGCCUUAAUUCCACCAAUCACUGUGGAGCAUCUGCCAGAGCAUGAAGAAAAUAGUGAGUUGAUGGGUGAAACUGUGACCGAACAAGUGACUGAACAUUCUCAGUGUGAUGAAGACAUUGUUCAGUUGGACUCAGACCUAUCUUUCCCCAAGUUGAUGGCUGAUGAUGUGAAAGAAACAGCAGAGAUAUCUGAUUCUAGUGCCUUGGAGGUUCCUGCAAGUGUCCCAGAUGAAAGCCCUAAGAUGGAAAUGGAACAUGAUCCUGAAUCAGAGUUGAUCGAAACUACUAAUGUAGAUGCUGAGCAAGUAACUGACCAAAAGGCUGAAAAUGAUGUGGACGAGCCUUUGAUGUCCUUGGAUCAACAAUAUACCCAAGCUGAUGCAUUAAGGGAUCCCUGUCCACUUCCUGGAAAAUUUGAAUCAUCCAAUGAGGACAGUAGUGAUGCAUACAAUUCUGAGCAGACACUGGAGAUGGAAGGUAAAAGGUUUGUGGCGAGAAAGUCAUGCAAUCCAGCAUUUGCUGCUGCACAAUUGAAAUUCGAAGAGCUGAGUACAAAUUCGACAGUCAGCAGGUCCAGCAGCUCAUCACAUCUGGAUGGGGCGAGCAAGUCAAGGGUGCACACUCCUAGUUCACAAGAAGAUUCCUUGUCAAAGCAAGAUGGCACAGGCAUACAAGAAAGCUCAGUUGGUCAUGACACUAAAAUGAUAGUUGCUGCAUCAGAAUGUGGGACUGAAAUAUCAAUUUCAUCCACACUGGACUCACCAGAUAGAUCAGAAGGUGAUGGUGGGGAGAUCGUGAUGGAGAUUGGAGCUCUGGAAAAUAGAAACUAUGUCACUGGCAAAGCUGAUAAAGACUCCAAUAUUGUCCAUUCUGAGGUAAAAAAUGCUCCUGAAGUAGAAGCCCAGCCGCAGAAGGAAGUAGAACAGAAUGGCCAUGUUCCUGCCCUUGAAAUAGAAGCCCAGCCACAAAAGGAACUUGUUCAGGAGCCACAUGUUGAACCGGAAAUGCCAGAUUUGCAUGAACGAUUGGAAAAAUCUGUCACAUCUUAUGCCACACCUGAAGGAACUCCAAUGAGCCGAACGACCAUUCCUGAAUCUCAUGGAACACCAUCGAGUGAAGUCUCUGUUAAUACCAAAAAGAGCAGGAGCAAAAAGCCCAAGUCCCAUGCAAGCAAGAGAUCACUGGCUAGUCCAGGCAGUGAGUCAGUUGGACAGAGCAGCACCGACAACUUCUCAAAGGAAUCAAGGCAUGCCAAGAGAGAGAACUCAAGCAAGGCUGCUAAAUCCGACCACAUCGAUCAAGAACCUCGUAUGAGCAACAGCAACAGCAACAGCAACAGCAACCCGUUGCCGAGCUACAUGCAAUUUACAGAAUCUGCAAGAGCCAAGGCGUCGUCCCCGAAGAUGAGCCCAGAUGUGCAGGACAGCAACCCAAGGAAGAGGCACUCAUUGCCCAUGACCAAUGGCAAGCAUGACUCGUCACCUCGCAUGCAGCGAUCAUCAUCGCAGGCUCAGCAAAACGUGAAAAGCAAUGGCCCUGCUCCUCACAACUCUUCUGCCACGAAUCAACUUCUGUUCGGAUCACCCUGCUUCGCAUUGUUUGCUUCAUCGCACGUGAUGUGA